AUGAGUACUUUAGUUGCAAGAGAAUUUGGUGGUUUUCCAAAGUCAGCACCAGUCGAACCACCUACUCAACUCAAACGUCAAAAGAUGAGUGAGGACGAUCUUUUGUAUUCCUUGAAGGAUAUGUACAAAAGUGAUUUCAAGGAGUAUCCAACUCAACUGGAAAUCGAACGUCCCAACCGUUACGAUCUGUCCGAAGGUGCCAACGAAGAACUUGAUCGACUCAUGGAUGAGGAAUUCGAAAAAGCUCACGAGAAGAAGCUGCCAAGCAACGAUCCAAAGAGAAAAGAAUCAAAGAUGAAGAAGAAUAAGGACAAUAAGAAGGAGAAGAAGCCAAAGGACAAGAAGAAGGAGAAGAAAGACAAGAAGGAGAAGGAUAAGGAGAAGAAGAAGGAAAAGAAGGAGAAGAAAGAUAAGAAGGACAAGAAGAAGGAUAAGAAGUCCAAACUAUCAAUGUCAUCAUCUCAAGAGAUCGAAAGUGAAUUUCCACUGGAAGACACCAUCUUUGAGGAUCUCGAGCUCCUGGAUUUGUGGGAUAGCGACGAGUCAGAAGAUGGCUCCAUAGAGAUUCUGGAGAUUGUCGAAUUUGAAAUCGAGUCUGAUAUCGAUGAGGAAGAGGAGAUGCCAAAGAAGAAGAAGGAAAAGAAGGACAAGAAAAAGGAAAAGAAAGAUAAGAAGGAGAAGAAGCUAGAGGAUAAAGAUAAGAAGAGAGAAAAGAAGGAGAAGAAAGAGAAGAAGGAGAAGAAGCAACUCUCAGAUGAUGGCGAGCAAUAUCUCAACCUCCAGAAGAAGAACCCUCAAAGUUUAAACCAAGAGUUCAAAGCUGACACCUCUGAUAUUCCAUGUUACUCUUGGACCUAUGUUGAUGGUAAACUCUAUUCCAACAACAGAGCAUAA